AUGGUUCGCGAAAAUUCGCAACUUUCGGAAGUGGAAAAGCUGCACUACCUCAAAACCAGUGUGACCGAUGAACCGUUACAACUCAUCAAAAACAUUUCUCUCACCGCAGAAAAUUUCCCUCGAGCUUGGGAAACUCUCGUCUCACGAUACGAAAACAAGCGGCUUCUGACUGAUUCUCAUCUCGCGACACUUUUCGCGAUUCCUCGUGUCACAAAAAAAUCAUCAUCGGAACUAAAGAGCUUGCACAGCAACACUUGCGAAGCUCUUGGCGCGCUCGAACUUCUCGAUAGUCCCGAGAAAUUAGGGGAUCACAUCAUCGUGCACAUGACGAUUCGCAAGCUCGACCCAGCAUCUCUCGAAGAGUGGGAGAAAAGUGUUAGCGAGAAACUCGAGCCCCCCUCGUUUGAGGAGCUCAAGGCGUUUCUCAUCGGUCGCAUCCACACCCUCGAAGCCGUGGAGCAAGCUCAUGCUCACAAUCAAAUCACGACGUCGAAACCGCACUCAUCGCAAGGAAGGUCAAAUCUUCAGACGACAAGGUCACAUACGGCGCAAUCAAAGGAACAGUCGUGUGCUUGUUGCAAAGGCAACCACUACAUCGCGUUCUGUUCGAUCUUCCGCGACAAAUCUCUCGAUCAAAGAAGGGAAGUCGUUUCUGCGAAAAAGCUUUGCUUCAAUUGUCUCGGUCCACAUCAGCAGAAGGACUGUCGAUUCAACAAAACGUGUCGCGUGUGCAACGGUCGACGUCAUUCCUUGCUGCAUCGAAACUCUUCCUCAAUCUCGACAGCUGCCAACAACGGCACAUCUCAAGGACAGGCUGCAGUAGCGCAACCUGCAGUGCAGAACGCACCGAUCUCGAACAGCGCCUCUCAGGUGAGCAACCACUCAGCUCAGCCUACAAUGAUCAAGCGCUCUCCAGUUCUUCUCGCCACAGUGCAAUUGAUCGCCUCGAAUCCGGAGACUGAACAAAGAAUCAUCGCUCGCGUUCUACUCGAUCAAGGAUCCGAAAGUUCAUUCUUCACGGAGUCGCUAGCGCAACAGUUGCGACUACGUCGGCAUCAAGCAACGAUACCGAUCAUUGGCGUCGGAGCUCAUCAAUCGGCAGUGACUCGCGGCAUCGCGACAUUGCAACUCCAAUCUCGUGCUAACACCUCGUUCUCGUGUCAGGUGGAGGCACUCGUGCUCCCACGACUCACAUCGUAUCUACCUUCAUUUCGACUUCUCGUCGAAGACUGGCCUCAUCUACGAGGACUCAACCUCGCGGAUCCAAGCUUUGCACAUCCCAGUCAAAUCGACGUAAUUCUCGGAGCUGACAUCUAUAGCAACAUCAUUGGUCAAGGAGUUCGAAGAGGAGCACCAGGAACACCAAUCGCGCCAGAAACUCAGUUCGGUUGGGUCCUCUCCGGCUGCGUUUCAGCGGAAGCAGCAAGCCCCUCGUAUAGCGCAGUCCAAGGCUUCCAAUGCUCCCUCGAUCACGAACUGCUCGAUCUCGUGCAGCAGUUUUGGAAGCAGGAAGAAGUGUCGAAACCUUUGGCACUAACUUCCGAAAAAGAGCGUUGUGAGCAACACUUUCGCGAAACGGUUUCUCGAACUGCGUCCGGUCGUUACGUAGUUCGGCUGCCGCUCAAGGACAAUUCGGUAGAGCUCGGCAACUCGCGGAAUCCCGCGCAUCAAACGCUCCUUCGUUCGGAGAAACGGUUCGGUAGCAACGCGAAACUCAAGGAGGCUUACUCGAGCUUCCUUCGUGAAUAUCGUGAACUCGGGCACAUGCAUCGCGCUAUCAAUACACCUGAAGACAAUUCCCGCGUGUUUUAUCUUCCCCAUCACGGUGUAGUUCGCGACAGCAGUUCAACAACAAAGUUGCGUGUCGUGUUCAACGGGUCUCAAAGAACCAACCUCGGACUCUCUCUCAAUGACAAUCUUCUCGUCGGUCCAAAAGACGAAGGUAAGCAGCAUCCCUUUGCGAGCCACGUCAUUCUCGAGAACACGUACGUCGACGACAUCCUCUCAGGAGCAGAGGACGUUGAUCAAGGUCGCGAGAAAAUCAACGAACUCAAUCAAUUGCUCAAGGCGGGCGGCUUUGAACUUCAAAAGUGGACUUCAAGCCACCCAGAAACUCUCGUUGACAUUUCUCGAAACCAUCAAGAGAUCGCGAUGCAUCUAAAUCUCGAUCAAAGUCCAUUCUUUCGGGCUCUCGGUCUUGCGUGGAGACCAGACAUCGACGCGUUCGCGUUCUCCCCGCAAAUUCAUCAAACUCGGGACAAUUUCACGAAACGAAAAGUUCUCUCACAAACCGCGCAGCUCUUUGUUCCUCUCGGAUGGCUCUCGCCGAUCACGAUCAGAGCCAAAAUCUUUAUGAAGGAAUUGUGGGCACUCGGUUUCGACUGGGACGAGCCGCUCUCAGCUAUCACCAUCCCACGAUGGAUCGGGUUGAGUUCAGCAUCUCUCGGGAUAGAGAUCCACGGUUUCGCGGACGCCUCUCAAAGUGCAUUAGGCGCAGUGAUCUACGCGCGAACGUACAUCCACACUAACGAAGUGCGCGUUUCACUAGUGUGCGCGAAAACUAAAGUAGCGCCGCUAAAGAAGGCACAGACCUUGAGUCUCGAACAUCCUGGAACCGUCCUGGAUGUCGGACCUCCUGAACAGCGGGAACAGGAACAGGAGAGGGAACAGGAGAGGGAAGCGGAGUAA